AUGACAUCUUCUCUGAACCAGUCCUCUGAGAAUUCUGUGCUUAGGGGACCUGCAAACAAUACCAUCCCCGCAGAUGGCACAGGUGUUCUCCAAUUGGAUCCAUGGCUAGAGCCAUUUAAGGAUGCCUUGAAACGGAGGUAUAGCAAGGCGCAGCAGUGGAUCAAAACGCUUCAAGAAUCAGAAGGGGGGCUUGAGAAGUUCAGCAGGGGUUACGAGUCAAUGGGACUGCAGUCGCUGCCGAAUGGUGAUAUAGUCUAUAAAGAGUGGGCACCGAACGCCCUGCGCGCAUACCUGGUGGGGGACUUUAUUUUUGUCCCUCCAGACGACUGGAAUAGAGAUGCAACACCAAUGACAAGAGGAGACUUUGGCAUGUGGCAUCUCACUCUUCUCGCAAAGGAUGGGCGGUCAGUGAUACCACACAACUCGAAGAUCAAGAUCUCCCUGGUGGUCCCAAAUUCUCAUGAGCGUGCCGAGCGCAACCCUCCGUGGAUCAAGCGCGUCACCCAAGAUCUUGCCUUCUCUCCCGUCUACGAUGGCGUGUUUUGGAACCCACCUGUAAACGAGCGAUAUACAUUCAAGAACACUCGACCACCAAGACCGGCGAGUGCGAGAGUAUACGAGGCUCAUGUUGGUAUCUCUACUCCUGAGACCCGCGUUUCCACCUACAAAGAGUUUACCAAGAACAUGCUUCCACGAAUAAAAUAUCUAGGUUACAACGUCAUACAGCUCAUGGCAAUCAUGGAGCAUGCGUACUAUGCGAGCUUCGGGUAUCAAGUCAACAGCUUUUUUGCAGCUAGUAGCCGUUUUGGCUCACCUGAAGACCUCAAGGAGCUAGUUGACACUGCUCAUGGAAUGGGUAUAACGGUACUGCUUGAUAUGGUGCACAGUCAUGCGUCUAAAAAUUUCAAUGAUGGAUUGAACGAAUUUGAUGGAUCAGAUCACCUUUAUUUUCAUGAAGGUGCACGGGGUAGACAUGAACAAUGGGAUAGCCGGAUUUUCAAUUACGGUAAUCAUGAGGUUUUACGAUUUUUGCUAUCAAAUCUACGCUUCUGGAUGGAAGAGUACCAAUUUGAUGGCUUCCGUUUUGAUGGUGUCACGAGUAUGCUCUAUCUACAUCACGGCAUUGGAAGUGGAUUCUCUGGAGGCUACCAAGAGUAUUUUGGAGACAGCGUGGACGAAGAAGCCGUAGUCUACAUGAUGCUUGCAAAUGAGAUGCUUCACUCACUGUAUCCGACUUGUAUCACCAUUGCAGAAGACGUGUCGGGAAUGCCCGCAUUGUGUGUAUCGCUCUCACUCGGGGGUAUCGGAUUUGAUUAUCGACUGGCCAUGGCUGUACCUGAUCUCUACAUCAAAUGGCUCAAGGAGAAGCAAGAUGCCGAGUGGAACAUGGGCCACCUGACCCACGUUUUGACAGAUCGAAGACAUGGCGAACUCACGAUAGCGUACGCAGAGAGCCAUGAUCAAGCGUUGGUGGGAGAUAAGACUCUGCUAUUCUGGCUUUGUGACAAGGAACUUUAUACGAAUAUGUCCAAAUUGAGCGACUUCACACCGAUAAUUGAGAGGGGUUUGAGCUUACACAAACUCAUCAGACUCAUCACGCACGGACUUGGGGGUGAGGGUUACCUGAAUUUCGAGGGUAAUGAAUUUGGCCACCCCGAAUGGCUUGACUUUCCAAGGGAGGGAAAUGAUAACAGCUUCUGGUAUGCUCGGCGACAGUUCAAUCUCCCUGAUGAUGACAACCUUCGGUACAAAUUCUUGAACGAAUUUGAUGCCAAGAUGCAAUGGACGGAGGAAAAGUAUGGCUGGCUGCACUCCCCACAAGCGCAUCUCAGCCUCAAGAACGAGUCGGACAAAGUGAUAGUUUUCGAGCGGGCUGGCUUACUCUGGAUUUUCAACUUCCACCCCGAGAAGAGUUACACAGACUAUCGUGUGGGCGUCCAAGCUGCCGGUACCUACCAAAUCGUCUUGGAUACGGAUGAUACAGCCUAUGCAGGUUUCGGUCGCAACGCGAAAGGGACACGAUUUUUCACAACGCCCUUUGAAUGGAAUGGACGAAAGAACUUUGUUCAGGUGUAUCUACCGUCUCGCAGUGCCGUUGUCCUUGCUCUAGAAGAAACGCUUUAA